ACAAUAUGAGCCUGCCUCAGAUUUCCAUAGAAGAAAGGCUCAAAGCAGCACGCCAGAAGUUUGAGGAACUAAAAAAGAAAAACAAGAUUCCUCAGUUGAGGCCCAGUGUGCUGAAGUCACCCACAGAUAUCCAUACAAGUGGACACGUCGAAUUGAAAAAUGAUCCGGAAGGCCACAGUGUUGAGAACCCCGAACAUAUUAAUGAGCUAAAUGAAACGAUUGAGCUUCAGAAAAACCAAAUCAAAAAGCUCCGGGACGAAAACACCGACUUGAAACUAGAGAACAUGGACUUGAAAGAUCAAGUGACGGAAUUGAGGAAUGAACUUGAGAAACUGAGCGCAAGGCCCUCAGAACCCCCAUUCUCUCAAUCAAUCUCAAAUAAGAUAAACACAAAUGAGCCGCUGGCUCAACCCGAUUCACAAGUGCUGGUUGUAUUGACCACCAAUGAGUCGCAAACCAACGAGGAGGCAUCAGCGUCUAGUAAUGGCGACUAUAAAGAAAGAGUAUUGGCCUGGAAAGGAUGGCAAGUUGAUAUGAGGGAAUGGACAGGGUGCCAGGAAUCACAAGUAGUACUAUAGACGUAUUCUGGGCUAGUGUUGAGGAACCUUUCGAAUGUAUGUUCAAAUCUGCAAUUCUUGGCUCGCAUCUGGAAGGAGAUGAUUAAGUCUUUGUAAUUCUUAAUUUCAUUUGCUUUCAAUAUUGAAGCAAUCGCAUCAUCGGAUAAACCAGCUUAAGAAUUUAACUUUGUAUUGACAAUCUGCCCGACGCUAGGAAUUUGAUUUGGACUUUCUCGGUACUUGAAAAUUGACAAGGCAAAUCAGUUGCGCACCACCGCAUUCGAGCAGCUUUUUGGCCGUGACUGGCGUAUACGAUGAAGAGCAUCUACCGGUAUUUCUGAAAAGUAUGGUAAUUUAUGCUCGUUUUCGUAGGAUUUAGCGACACCCUCCCUUUCAAAUUUAAAAUAAUUUUGGC